CGCUUCUUGACUUCUGGAUAGUUACGAAAAAUAUAAAAUGAACAACAAAACUACAGAUCCAGAUAAGCUGUUUGUAUUACAAGAACGCGUUGGUAAAGGUUCAUUUGGUGAAGUCUACAAAGGUUAUGAUAAACGUACACACGCUCAAGUAGCUAUCAAGAUUAUAGAUUUGGAGUCAGCAGAGGAUGAAAUCGAGGAUAUACAAGAGGAAAUAGCGAUAUUAUCACAAAUGGACUCUCAAUUUGUUACUAAAUAUCACGGUUCAUACCUCAAGAAAACGCAUUUGUGGAUCAUCAUGGAAUUUUGCGCAGGUGGUAGCUGUUCUGAGCUCAUGAAGCCUGGACAAAUCAAGGAGGAAUUUAUCGCUAUCCUUUUACGCGAGUUACUUCGUGGUCUUGACUAUUUACAUUCGGAGGGAAAGCUUCAUCGUGAUAUUAAGGCAGCAAACGUCCUCUUGAACUCUCAGGGAGAUGUAAAGCUAGCGGAUUUCGGUGUCAGUGGACAGCUUUCCGCUACAAUGACGAAAAAGAAUACAUUCGUGGGUACACCUUAUUGGAUGAGUCCAGAAGUUAUAAAACAGAGUGGAUAUGACCAUAAGGCGGACAUCUGGUCACUUGGUAUUACUGCAAUCGAACUCGCAACGGGUACACCGCCAUACGCCGAUUUACACCCUAUGAAAGUUCUCUUCUUGAUUCCAAAGAAUUCACCACCAGUACUUGAUGGAAACUUCAGUAAAUUAUUCAAGGAGUUUGUCAGUCUGUGUCUGCAACGUGAUCCGAAAAUGCGUCCAACUGCGCGUGAAUUACUCAAACACAAGUUUAUCAAGAACGCAAAGAAGACCAGCAGUCUGACAGAACUGAUUGAACGUGCAGAAAGAUGGAAAAUGACAGGUGGAUACUCCCGUUCAGCAGGCAAGGGCGACAUGCUUGUAAACCAAGAGACUCUUGGCGGAAGCAGCGACGAUCUUUGGGACUUUGGUACUAUCCAAGGAGCCCAAACGCACAACCUUGCAGGAUCAAUGAGAAAUGCUGAUAUGAUACGAGCAACGCCCUCCAUAUCGUCGCAUAGAACUGAACGCACACCUCAGCUGCAUUCUAGGGACUAUGCUAAAGUGCCUUUACAGCAGGAUGAGAAUGAACUUGUUCAGUCUACCUCGAGGAUGACAGUUGACGACCGUUCGUUCAGAUCUGGAUCGACUCUCAGAGCAGGCCUCGUCAGAGAUCGUGAGAACCGUGAUAAGCGUGAUUUGCGCGAUCCAUUGCAGAGUGUGAGCAACAAACCAUCUCCUUCGAAAUCCUCAAUGAAGGAAUCAUCGCCAUCAAAAUCCUCAAUGGGCUAUGUCGACACUCUUAAAGGUAACAAAGGUGCACCAAGAUCGAGUGUAGCUUCAAUGUAUAGAGAGCUCCCACCUAUUCCAAAAGAUGUCAAGUCGCCAACCCAGGUAUUUGAAGCCGAGAUUAGUCAUUCCGAAAAAGUAUCACCUGCGGCUGCGACAUUUGGAAGUGAUAGUACAAGGAGUCGACCAAGCAAUCCACAGCCACCACCAACUCCUGUGGCGGAAGAGGAACUCAAACGUAGUGACAGUCAAAUGACUAGUCAAAGUACUGUCGAAUAUGAUGAGGAGAUAAUUGAGCAAAGGACAAUGCUCGAUGCAGUCAUACACCCUGUACUUGAUAGUAUCACGAGUAAGGUAGACACAAGCGACGCUCACAAAGCAGUAAAUGGCCUCAAGCGGGCCUUCGAUGACGCCGAGACACUCAUACCUGGCUUAACGAAUUACUUUAUCUCAGAAGUUGUAGAAUCAGUCGAAAGGGAUGAUAGCUAAAUUGUAUUAUAAUAAUGUUUUACUUUUCGCGUGAUGCAUAUCCAAAUAAAAGAAACUAAAAACGGGGAUUGGAAUUUGACCUUCCUUUUAUAGAAAGGAUAGACUAAAAAUGGUUUAUAUUUGAAAAGAUGCGCGACUUAAACUAGUUUAGUAUCCACGA